UACUGGACCGCUGGGAGGGGGAGAGUCUACACCGCACCGCACCCCACCCGAGCGGCGCUUCUGCUGCGCCUGCCCAGAUGGGAGGCCGCGGGGACGCGCUCUGGAACCCCUCUCUCUCCUCUUGACGGCCGGUGCCGCUGUGUCCGCGUCCCACCAGGGCUCGGCGCUGUCAUCGCAGGACGCGGCGGCUCGGUUCGGUGACAGCUCCGCCACAUCUCGCCACGGAAGAAUGAAAACAGGGCGGCUUUUACCCGCCCGGACCGUGCAGGAAAGUCACCCUUACGGACGAUUUUGACAUGAAGAAAGACAUCGAGCAGUUAAUAGCAGAAGAACGGGCUGACAUCCUCACUAAAUAUGAUAAGGGCAGGGAGCAAGGUGUGCACAUUGACCCGUGGGAGGAUGCUGACUACAGCAUCUACAAGUUCACAGAUCGCUUCGGCUUCCUGCAUGAGAACGAACUGCCGACCCCGAGUGCGGAUGAGGCAAAGCAAAAACAACAAGAAAUUGAAAGGGUGGAGAAAUGGCUAAAAAUGGUGAAAAAAUGGGACAAGUACAGGAACAGCGAGAAGAUGAUUCGCAGGGUCUACAAGGGGAUCCCUCUGCAGCUGCGGGGCCAGGCCUGGUCCCUCCUUCUGGACGUCGAGAAGAUGAAGAAUGACAACGUCGGGAAGUAUGAGAAAAUGAAGAGACAAGCCAGGACCCACUCCACAGAGAUCAAACAAAUUGACCUUGAUGUCAACCGAACCUUUCGGAACCACAUUAUGUUCAUGGACCGCUUCGGAGUCAAGCAACAGGCAUUGUUCCAUGUGCUGGCAGCCUACUCCGUCUACAACACGGAGGUGAGCUACUGCCAAGGCAUGAGUCAGAUUGCUGCCAUUCUACUGAUGUACAUGAACGAGGAGGACGCCUUCUGGGCCUUGUCCCAGCUGCUGACCAGCCAGAGGCAUGCCAUGCACGGCUUCUUCAUUCCCGGUUUUCCCAAACUUCAGCGAUUCCAGACCCACCAUGACCAGAUCCUCUCCAAGCUGAUCCCCAAACUGAAGAAACACCUGGACAAAGAGCAGAUGACUGUGGGGAUUUAUACCACCAAAUGGUUUCUGCAGUGUUUUAUUGAGAGGACGCCUUUCACGCUAACCCUGCGUUUGUGGGACAUCUACAUCCUGGAAGGAGAGAAGAUCCUAAUAGCCAUGGCCUACACUAUCCUCAAACUGCACAAGAAGCGCCUGCUGAAGAUGUGUCUGGAGGACCUGAGGGAGUUUCUGCAGGAGGAAAUUGCCGGAUGUUUCUUCAUGAGCGACGACACCGUCGUGGAGCAGCUGCAGGCGUCCUUGUCGGAACUGCGCAAGAUGAAGCUUGAUCUCCCCCCUGCAGCCAAACCUGAGGAGCUGCCCAAGAGGACCCUGGGAAUCGAGCUGCCGCUGCUAUUGACGCCUGUGAAGCUUCCCCAGGCUGCCAAUGGACAGAGUCCAGUCGAGGAGGAGCCGAUGUCACCGCCGGCUACUGAAUCGGACGCUAUUGUGCUUGCCGAAAGUCCUCCCCCUAGUGGCCAGUGGGACUACUCCACCCCUGCCGGUGAGGACUCUUACAGUUUGCCUUCGCCUGACCCCGUGCUGGUGCACCAACAGAGAUCUUACACACCAGACCAGCCUCCACCUGGGAUUCUGACUCCACCCAGCUCAAGGGACAAAGACCGGGACAGGGAAUCAUCUGGUAUGGACUCCUUCGAGAAUAUCCCUGGGUCAGAUGGGAAUGAUCCAGAUGAGGGCAAAAGGCCUGUAGAAAUUCAGGACGUACUAGAGUACAGGGUGCCUCCUCAUUGGCCACCUGAGGUUGGCAUUGGGGAUCUGGGGUCUUCAGAUAUGUCAGAUGCUUCACUGGCCCUUCCUCUCUCUGUGGAGACAUCUGCAGAAGCAGACACUGCUCUCUCUGCCUCCACAAGGAGCAGUUCCCUUAUCUCAGGACAACAUGCUUCUUACCUCGUGUCCCCCUCUGGAGACCCACCCGUCUCCUCAUUGCCCGGAGCCCCACACAGCCCGAGCGGGAACUCAGUACAUAUCGUAGGCGUCCAGGGUCCAGUGGAAACUUGCUCCUCUAACAUCACCCAGUAUGACAACUGUGAGAGUGACAUGGAGAAGGACACGAGUCUGGCUGAGCCGUUGGAGAGCGCAUCUGCCCUACCCCAGAGUUCCUCACUGGAAGGGAGCCUUCAGGAAAAUUUGGGGAUCUGCGGCCUUCCAGAAGGACCCACUGCUGAACAGGCGUCAUCCACAGCAUCUCUAAAGCCAGCCCCCCCUCUCCCACCUAGGCAAAAACCCAACCCUCCGCCCUGCUUAACGGAACAACAGGUUCGGUUCCAGCUUUCCCAGUUGGAGGAGGAUGACGAAGAGAGCGGAGGACGGCUGAUUGAGGAGGACGACGCGGUAAGACCACAACGUUCUCCUACAGCCACCAACCCUCCAGAAGAAACAAAGGGAGUUCCAUCGGUCCAUUCAGACUCCGACUUUCACCAAAUACCCAUCCCUGACCAUCGGCUUCCCAAAUCAGUGACGUUUUAGCCCACGACCCCAGGACUGGCAUAUUGGGACCUGCCUGGCCACAGCUUCUGCGUCCUACUGCCAACUUACCAAGCAAAGGAAGAGAAUACUUAAUUUUUUUAUAACGUCAGAGUUGCUACAUAGCAAAACUAUUGUUCUGAUUUGUACCAGUUUUUGGUUGAUAUGUACAGAUUCCUAUGCUGUACAGUGUAAAUGACUUUUCUAAUUAUAUUUUAAUAGAUUUUUAAAAUGUUGACCAGUAGCGACUAGACUUAGAACAUUUUGCUUUGAUGCUUCUCAGCGAGGAAAAAGAGGAGAAAAUGUGCUCAACUUUGGAUAGUUUUGUUAAUAAACAAAAGUAAUUAAUGGUU